AUGUCACCUGCAUCUGACACAAGGAUUUCCCAGCCCCGCCCCGUGGCAGAUGGCACGGAAAUCCCCCAUCUUCGUCCGAUUGAGAAUGGCAAGCAGCUGGUGGUCCAUGGCCGACCAUUUCUGGUCUUGCCAGGAGAGCUUCAACCGUCUUCUUCCUUCACCUCGCCUGAGUACACAUACACGGUGUGGCAAAGGCUCGUCGACACUCAUGUCAACACGGUGCUAGGACGUGUGGCCUGGGAGGAAAUCGAGCCAUUUGAGGGCCAUUUCCUUUUCGACAAACUUGACGAGGUCAUCUUGGGGGCUCGCAAGCAUGGUUUACAUCUUGUACUGCUCUGGUGUGGCUCAUUCCACGAUGGUAUCUCAACAUGUGCGCCACCAUGGGUGAAGGCAGACAUCAAGCGAUUUCCACGAGCUCAUUGGCGCAGGCGCGGCGGUGUUCUGGACGUAUCGGAAACGCUGUCACUCUUUCAAGAUGAGGCACGUGCUUGCGAUAGGCGAGCCUUUGCUCGUCUCAUGCGCCACUUGAAGGAAAUUGACAGCGAGCAUUCCACCAUUCUGAUGGUUCAGGUAGCGAACGCCACCGCCUCCGCUGCAGCUGCAUUGCUUGCUGGGGAUUCCCGCGACACCUGUCCCGCCGCCGAGGAACGCUUCGCGCAACCCGUUCCAGCGGAGUUGGUGUCGUUUCUGACCAACGACUGGGACCAUCUUCAAGCUGGAUUGCAGCGCACGCUCGGCCAUUUCAAGUCUCAGUCCCAACCAUCAUCUUCCCUUAUCCCUCGAGAAUCGUGGGCGGAGGUUUUUGGCCGAGGCCCGCACACGGACGAGCUGUUUAUGGCCUACCACUCCGCUCUGUACGUCCACGAGAUUGCCACCGCAGGAAAGGAGGAGUACCCUCUUCCAUUGUACACCCAGCUCGGGGAGGAAGAUGAAGUUGGAAAGGAUGAGAAGGACGACAUUUCCGCCACUGUAACCGGGGAAAACUACCACUACCGGUCCUCUGGUAACCUCCUCGACAUCUGGCAGCGGUUUGCACCUUCCUUGGACUUUGUGGCUCCCAGCCGCUGUCUUCUGGGGAAGUCCUAUGCGCGCGUCUGGGUCCAGUACCGACACCACGCCCAGCCAUUGUUCCUCUCCGAGCCCCGUCGCGACGAGAACAGUGCCGGCCGACUAUGGACGGCCUAUGGAUCCUACCAAGCCCUGGGAAUCUCUCCGUUGGGGAUUGAUACGCUGGAGCCGGCCACCAGCCCCUUCACCAAGCAUUACCGUCUCCUGUCCUCCAUCUCACAGACGGUCCUUCUGGCCCAACAGCUGCCCGGUUCAUCGGUCGGGUUUCACUUCGACGACGACGACCCGAUGACCGGUGAAAGGAAGAAGAACGAUCCCGUCAAUGAGCCAAUUGUGCGAGAGUAUGGAGACUUCGAGAUCCAGAUUGAGCGCUGCCCAUCUACUGCUGACACUGCUGCGGAGAAGGGCCGCCCCCUCCUCCCAUGCUCGGGCAUGGUCAUCCACCGCGGUGGCGGCAACUUCCUUCUCACUGGCUGGGGAUUCCGAGUGCAUGCGAAGGCCACGGGGGGCUCGAACAUCGAAUGGGUUUGGGAGAAGGCGGUCGCCAACCGGACCUCGGGACGAUUAAGGCUCUUGCGCAGGAUCGACCACAGCGUCUUCAUGUUGAAGUACCUUAUACCGUCGAAAUGCCAAGGGGAAUGCUCUGCUAGCGUUGAUAUGCCCGCGGGGGUGAAGAUUGCCGAGGUGGAAUUCCUACUGUUUUGAUUCGCAUUCAUAGGAAAGUUGGGGAUAGUUGG